GUUUGGUUGGCAUGCGUUGCAGGCGACUCCAAUAGGCCGGGCGGACCUAGCGGACUCGUAGCCCAUGCUCAUAGGCUGCGGCGGGCAGCGUGCACUGGGUCCUGGAGUAGCAGCGGCGGCCAAGCUGGCGGCGCGGUGGUCCCGCUCCCGCUCGCACCCGCGGCGCGACCGCGGCCGCUUGCACUCUCGCCUGAGCCGGUCUCGCGCGUCCCUGCCGCCCACCUCGCCGCCCGCGGAGUCCCUGCCGCACCCGCCGCUGCCCGGGUUACCGCCGGGCUUGAGCUCGGGACCGCCGCCACCCUCGGUGCUCGCUCUAGCUGAGUUGCCCCCGCUGCCUGCACUCCCGCUGCGCCCGGAGCUGCUGGCGCCCUGGGGCCCCGGGGUCCACCUGGCUCUGCCCGAGCUGCCGCCCGAGGUCUGCGCGCCCGCGCCUCCCCCAGCCGCGCUCGCCCUUCAGGAUCUGCCGCGUCUGCCUGCGCCCGCGCCGCCGCCCGCUCACUUGCCUCUGCCGCCGCUGCCCGAGGCCGCGGUCGCCGCUAUCCCGGGACCGGUGGGUGCUCGCGGUCGGCCCCCGCUGCUCGCCGAGCCUCCCCCGCAGCCGCUGCCGCCACUGCCCGCGCGACCCUCACCCUUCACCCUGCUGGCGCCGCCGCUCCCCCGCGAGCCCUGGCCGCUCCCCGCCUUUCCCCCGCCGCUGCCGCCCCCGCCUCCGCCGCCCUACUUCUUCCUGUCGCCGCCCUGCUGACCGCCUGACUCCGCGGGGGAUACGAGCCGGUAGCCUGGGCUCGGGUAACCAAGUGGAUGGCAGACCUCUUCGGCACUCAGGAGUGGUAUCAGGAAGCCAGCCUUGACCUUGGGGGACCUCUGAGAGCCCAGGUCCCAUCAGCAAGAUCAAUUUUUUUUAUUAGGUUCCUGUGACUGGAAUAACAAAUUAUGCAAACUGGGUGGACGGACAAUAGGAAUGUGUUCUCUUAACAGUGCAGGUGGCCAGAGGUCUAACAAAGGAUCUGCAGUGUCCACAGCAGCCUGAGACGUGGCCUCCCUUUCUGCCUUUGACAGGACCUUAUUCUUCCUCUGGUGCUAGGGAAGUACUUCCUUUACCCCAGCUUCUAAGGUCAUUGCCUUUCUUAAAUCUGAGUUGACGUCUUCAUAUUGAGAUCCUCCAUUGAGCCAUGGUACUUUGAUCAGCUGGAUGUGGUGGCAUACGUCUUUAUUUUUUUAAUUAAUUUAUUAUAUAUAAGUACACUGUAGCUGUACUCUCAGACACACCAGAAGAGGGCAUCAGAUCUCACUAUACAUGUUUGUGAGCCACCAUGCGGUUGCUGGGAAUUGAACUCAGGACCUCUAGAAGAGCAGUCAGUGCUCUUAACCACUGAUCCAUCUCUCCAGCCCAGCACAUUUCUUUAAUCUCAACAUUUGGGAGGCAGAGACAAGUGAAUCUCUGAGUUCAAGGCCAGCUGGAUCUACAUAGAGAUCCGGGCUAACCAGAAUGAUAGAGCGAGAACUUUGAGAAAGCAAACCAAAGACAUUCAUCACAUGAGGUCUCACACCCAAGCUCCAUCAACCAUCCAGUUUGCACAGGCUAGGCCUUCUCUUUAGUCCAGGCUACCUUUGAACUUGGCACCUAAAUGCUUCUGCUACCCAAGUAGCUGGAUUAUAGGAUUGGGCCGCCAACCCUGGUUUAGGCACCUUCUACCUGUCUCCUCAGAACUUAACUGAUUUCUAGGCCAUGUUCCUCACUGGCCUGGGGCCUUGAGUGGUCCGAGAGCCCGUGGGCAGUAGCGGACACACUGACCCUGGUACAGGGAAAAAUAUGCCUGCUUUUCACAGUGCCUGACUUUCUGCUUCUCUGUCUUCCUAGUGCCUCCUUUCCUCCUUGGUCCCCACCCUAUUGUCUUUCUGCCUUCCUACUCUCUUUCCUGAUGUGUAGCUCUCCUCUCCCCGUUGAGAGGCAGAGACUAUCAGGAGAGAUGGUGAGUGUUAUCUUUUAAAGACAACUCUUAUGGGAGCCCAGUUCUCCAGGCUUGAGAGCCAUAACUACUGCUGGGGGUUGAACACUGAUCAAGACGGAUAAUAAAGUUAAUUGUUACCCA